UUUUGCGGAUCUUAACGGGUGUCUUUUUGUAACAUGUAGAGAAACUAGAAACCGAAUGUUCUCUCGUUCGAGAGCUCAAUAUUUAGGAGGUUCUAUGUGUGGGCGAGGCAGACUGUGGAUGCACUUUGCAUCAAUCGGCAAAUGAUUUAUUGCUACAAAGCUACUUCUCAGUUGCCUCAAGUCCAUAAUUUGGAGAGUGAUCAAGAGGAGGGAGUGGGGUUGUAUGUGAAGAUCAUAAUAUGCGGAAGAAAUGAAGUUUUGUCUGGAAGAAGACAUCAUGGCGGCUUGACCCGGAUGGAGAAGAAAAGAAAAGAGGACAACGCUGAUCAGAAAACAUGUAACUGUGGCAUCUCAAUUUGUCUCUGUUCCCUCUUCCUGGUGAUGUCUGGACACCUGUCAUACCGAUUUCUAAAUCACCGAUUCCUGGGUGGAUUUGUGCUGGGGGCAGCUGUGAGCACAUCUUCCUGCUUGACCGCACUUUAUAUAUAUGACCGAAAAAGACAUGAGCCAGCACCAGUACAGAAGUCACUGUUGGAGGAAUAUGGAUUCCCGCAGAGUGGAGAGGAGGUCAGACACUAUACCAGUCAUGCCUUGUCCUAUGAUCAAUCCAAAAAGACCCCACGUUGGGUGAUUGAGCAUCUUACGAAAGAGAGAAUUGUUGGUAUUGCUGAUCGAAAAGACUGCCGAUUUAAACCUGAUCCGAACAUCCCACAAAUCUUUAGUGCCACCAAUGAAGACUAUUUACAUAGUGGGUGGUCCCGGGGUCACAUGGCACCAGCAGGCAACAGUAAAUAUUCUACAGAGGCUAUGGCUGAAACAUUCUAUCUUUCAAACAUCGUGCCUCAGAACUAUGAGAAUAAUGCCGGCUUCUGGAACAGGUUUGAAAUGUAUUGUCGAGACUUGACGCAACGGUUUGAUGAUGUUUGGAUUGUGAGCGGUCCUCUGACGUUACCCAUGCAGCAUGAGGAUGGCAAGAAAAGUGUCACUUAUCCGGUUAUUGGUAAGGACGAUGUAGCGGUGCCCACACAUCUUUACAAGGUCAUCCUCGCCAGGAAGAAGACGUCGGAUGAGACUCUUGCUGAAGGAGCUUUUAUUGUUCCCAAUGUUCCCAUCAGCUUUCAGCAUCAGCUGCCCGAAUACAAGGUUCCUCUUGAGACAAUUGAGAAAUUAUCUGGUCUUGUUUUCUUUCCUAAAGUGGACAAAUCUGUAGAAGUGAAAAACAUCUGUGAGGUGGACACCUGUAAACUUAUUGAACUGGAAGAGUUCAAAUUAUACAUUGCAGGACGGAGUAUGAAGAAUGCAAAGAACCUACAAAAAGUUGAGAAGAUAAUGUUAGAACUGAAUGAGGCCAAAAUAAAGCCGGACAAGUAUCUCUUAGAGCUUUAUGAACAGAAAAAGAAAGAACUGGAGUCCAAUGAGACGGUUACUGUGCGAGAAGGAAGCAGAGGGUGAAAGGUCAUACCUGGGGGUCCACUUAUCAGAAAUUGACAUUUUUUUUACUUUUACUUUUUUUAUUUUUAUUAAAAAAAAAAAAAAAAAAAAAAAAAGUCCACUUCCCCAAGGCAACCUUUCUUAUUGAUGUUAUUUGGAAAUGCCUAGUAGGAAUGAGGAGAAUAAAGAAUACCACAUAGUCUUUGAGCAUGUGUGACCUCUACAUCUUUGUCAGUGAUACAAUACCAGACUCCUGUAAGACCUGACACAUAGUAGUUUGGUGAGUAGUUUUAUCCAAAAACAGGAGUGGACCCAAAACACAAAUGUGCAAAUAUUUCUAUUAGGAUUCAAUUAGACACCAAUUUUGUGUGGAAAUUUUUUAGCCUGAAAAAAAAUGA